GACAAAAGACGAGUCAAUCACUCAAAUAGCAGGACGGAACAGAGGUGAAUCUAGGAAUAUCCCCGCCCAUAGAAAGUGCUGAUUGGAGAAACAUUUGUUUUCUCUACGGCUGGUUGGUGUUAGGAGUGUUUCCCCACCCGGAGAUGUGGUCACGUGACCUGUCAACUUUCACCCAGGAUGUCUCACUCCUGACUUCCCGUUAGCAACCAAGUCGCGGCGCUUGGUUCCCCAGCAACCGGGAGACGCGUCAGCUGCGUGGAAGCAGCGGAGUUCCCAGCGCUUGAGAAGGUGAGACCUGGGAGCUGAGGCUCAGGGAGGACUCGCAGGGACAGACAGCGCCCGACUUAACUCUUUCCUGUGACCCUUUUCUCGGAGAACGCCGUCCCGGCCCUUCUCAUAAAAUGAGCACGAAAAUUCUGGAUCUGUUCUCUGCGACGAGGCUACUCCGUUGAUAGUUGUGUAAAACUCUGCUGCUUUCCCCAGCUCCAACCUCUCUGGUCUUCAACAACACUAUCAUCAGGGAAAACGUGGGAGAAGAUGAACCGGCUGUGUGACUCGAUGGAGCCGAGGGUGAUGGACGAUGACAUGCUCAAGCUGGCUGUCGGGGAGCAGGGCCCCCAGGAGGAGGCCGGGCAGCUGGCCAAGCAGGAGGGCAUCCUCUUCAAGGAUGUCCUGUCCCUGCAGCUGGACUUUCGGAACAUCCUCCGCAUAGACAACCUCUGGCAGUUUGAGAACUUGAGGAAGCUGCAGCUGGACAAUAACAUCAUUGAGAAGAUCGAGGGCCUGGAGAACCUCACACACCUGGUCUGGCUGGAUCUGUCCUUCAAUAACAUUGAGACCAUUGAGGGGCUGGACACACUGGUGAACCUGGAGGACCUGAGCUUGUUCAACAACCGGAUCUCCAAGAUCGACUCCCUGGACGCCCUCGUCAAGCUGCAGGUGUUGUCGCUGGGCAACAACCAGAUUGACAACAUGAUGAACAUCGUCUACCUCCGGCGGUUCAAAUGCCUGCGGACGCUCAGCCUCUCUGGGAACCCUAUCUCUGAGGCAGAGGAUUACAAGAUGUUCAUCUGUGCCUACCUUCCUGACCUCGUGUACCUGGACUUCCGGCGCAUUGAUGACCACACAAAAGAGCUUGCAGAGGCUAAGCACCAGUACAGCAUCGACGAGCUGAAGCACCAGGAGAACCUGAUGCAGGUCCGGCUGCAGGACGAGCGGGCGCGGCAGGAGGAGCUGGAGAAGCACAAGGUGUGUUUCUGCCUGCAGACUGCGUUUGUGGAACACCUGAACGGCUCCUUCCUGUUUGACAGCAUGUAUGCUGAGGACUCAGAGGGCAACAAACUGUCCUACCUGCCUGGUGUCAGUGAGCUCCUUGAGGCCUACAAGGACAAGUUUGUCAUCAUCUGCGUGAACAUUUUUGAGUAUGGCCUGAAACAGCAGGAGAAGCGGAAAGUAGAGCUUGACACCUUCAGUGAAUGUGUCCACGAGGCUAUCCAGGAAAACCAGGAGCAGGGCAAACGCAAGAUUGCCCAGUUCGAGGAGAAGCACUUGUCGAGUUUAAGUGCCAUUCGAGAGGAGUCGGAACUGCCCAACAUUGAGAAGAUGAUCCUGGAAUGCAGCGCUGACGUCAGUGAGUUGUUCAAUGAGCUCAUGAUGCUGGAGAUGCAGCUGGUGGAGCAGCUGGAGGAGACUAUAAACAUGUUUGAAAGGAACAUUGUUGACAUGGUGGGACUGUUUAUCGAAAAUGUCCAAAGCCUGAUGGCCCAGUGCCGGGACCUGGAGAACCACCACCACGAGAAGCUCCUGGAGAUCUCUAUCAGCACCCUGGAGAAGAUUGUCAAGGGCGACCUGGACGAGGACCUGCCUGACGACCUGCGCGCGCUUUUUGUCGAUAAAGAUACGAUUGUUAAUGCUGUCGGGGCAUCGCACGACAUCCACCUUCUGAAGAUUGACAAUCGAGAAGAUGAGCUGGUGACCAGAAUCAACUCCUGGUGUACACGUUUAGUAGACAAGAUUCACAAGGAUGAGAUCAUGAGGAACCGCAAGCGCGUGAAGGAGAUCAAUCAGUACAUCGACCACAUGCAGAGCGAACUGGACAACCUGGAAUAUAGCGACAUCCUAGACUAGAUGAGUGUCAGCCACAGGAGCUUCUUCAAAACAUAGCACCAGCCCUAACCAAGAGAAGGAAGUGCACAUGCCUCACCGAGCACCUCGGGAGAGUUGCUGGGCAUCUCUCAACUACGAUCCCCCACACCAUUCUUGCCCCACCCCUGGAAAAACUUCCAAAAGUAGAGAAAAUAAAGGACUCAUGUCACAUUUCCCCUAUUCAU